GUGCAACUAGCAACGCAGUUUCGUAAUCAAUGUUUUUGUUGGCUACAUAUGACGUUUAUUGCUGUCAACCAACGGGGUAAACAAACCGGUACAAUUGAAACAAACUCUCUUCUGGCUGCAUCAUGACGGACGACAAAGCCGUCCCCAGGACGGACUACAAGCUGGAGUCCGAUUCGGAGCUGCGGUUUGAAAUAGAAAACAAAAACGAAAAAGUCACUGUUGUGCUGCUCAAUGGACAAGCGGAACUGUUCGGGACUGAGCUGGUGGUAAAAAAGCCGUACGAGUUCGUUACCGGUGCCAAGGUAGCGAUCUUUACCUACCACGGCUGUACGAUCGAGCUGCGCGGCAAGCCGGACGUAGCGUACGUUGCCAAAGAAACUCCCAUGGUUAUGUACCUGAAUGCUAACUCUGCUCUGGAGCAUCUGCGCAACAAAGCCGAACAGGAGGACGCACAAGGCCCAAUCGUGAUGGUAGUGGGCCCCACCGAUGUCGGAAAGACCACGCUGUGCCGCAUAUUCUUGAACUAUGCAGUGCGGCUGGGUAGACGCCCGAUAUUCGUCGACUUGGAUGUGGGUCAGGGAGGAAUCGCCAUACCCGGCACCAUAGGUGCGUUACUCGUCGAGCGACCAGCGCCGGUAGCGGAGGGCUUCUCGCAACAGGCCCCUCUCGUCUACCACUACGGCCAUAGUACACCGUCGGCGAACAGUACGUUCUAUGAUGUGCUGAUUUCGAAGCUGGCCGAAACGACCCUGGAACGGUUGCAGGCUAACAAAAAGGCCAAAUCGUCCGGAAUGAUAAUCAACACCUGCGGCUGGGUGAAAGGUUCCGGCUACUCGCACAUCCUGCACACCGUCAAAGCAUUCGAAGUGACCGCUAUCUUUGUGCUCGACCAAGAGCGCCUGUACAACGAGUUGCUACGGGAUGUCAAGGGCACCGUGCAGGUUGUGUUUCUGCCGAAAAGCGGUGGUGUUGUGGAGCGCACCAAAUCGCAGCGCACCGAGGCAAGAGAUCAGCGCAUUAGAGAAUAUUUCUACGGCUCCAAAAUGCCCCUAUUCCCGCAUAGCUUCGAUGUAAAGUUUUCGGACAUAAAAAUAUUUAAGGUUGGCUCACCGCCGCUGCCGGAUUCGUGCCUGCCGCUGGGCAUGAAGGCGGAAGACAACUAUACCAAGCUGGUCGCAGUACAGCCCGGCCCCCAGCUGUUGCACCACAUCCUGGCGGUCAGCUUUGCCGAGAGCACGGACGAGAACGUGAUACAGACAAACGUGGCCGGUUUUAUCUGUGUUACCAACGUCAACAUGGACAAGCAGGUAUUGACGGUGUUAUCUCCUCAGCCGCGGCCACUCCCGCAAACGAUACUUCUCGUUUCCGAUCUUCAGUUCAUGGACAGUCAUUAGAUGUGACGACGAAAAGCGUCAGGAAAUACAUUUCAUUCAUUUAAUUACCGUACACAGAUCACUUUUCACAUGUUCAGUGGUGGCCGCGUGGUGCCAACCUCGAUCGAAGGGAAUCUUUCCCGGAACGCUUUUUUCAUCGCCGACACCCAAUCUCCGUGGGCUAAAAUUUCAGCAAUACGUGCGUUUAGCAAACGCUGCUUUUCCCUAGCGUCCGCUACCGCGCCCCGGUCCAUAGCGGCGAUAAUCUCAAGCGCAGCUUCCGGACAGAUGUUGAUCGUCGUCAUAAUGAAACUAUCGAAACCGGCAGCCACUGCCCCGCACAGUAUGGUAUCGGCACCGAGGAAUAUGGUUCGGCCUUCCUUCAAGCACGAGCUGCCCUGUUCCAGAUCUCCGCUCGUGUAUUUAAUUCCCCGGAAAUUUGCAAUCUCCUUCUCUGCGCGAUCCAGAAACGUUGGCAUGUGCACUAAAGCAAACAAGAGUUGUUGUAACCAUCAAGAGAGAGCAAAGUGUUAAAAUAUAACAGGUGUACAGAA